AUGUGGCUCAAAAUGUUCGUAACUCAGAGUAUCUUUUUGGGGGGGCUCCAGCUUGUGGCCUUUGGGGAUUUUUUACAGCUCCCUCCUGUGCCAAAUACUGUAGACGAUGGAAAAUAUGCCUUUGAGAGUGCUGUGUGGGAUUUGACUUUCCCUCAUCAAGUAAUACUGGAAGAAAAUUUCCGUGCUAAAAAUGAUGAGGAAUUCAUAAACCUUUUGAGGGAAAUUUCCAGGGGUCAGUGCAGUGAGCAGUCUGCAGAAAUAAUUCAGAGUCUGUCUAGGCCACUCAAUCUAAGUGAUUUUGGACUUUCAUAUAUUCCAAAGGUGUACCCUCUGAAUGAGGAUGUAGAUUUUCCAAAUAUGUGUGUGCUGGAAACUUUACAUGGAAGGGAUGUUUCAAACAUGACGGAGGAAAGCAAAGGGAAGAUUCGGUACUGUGGUGCUUGGGCAAUUGCCAAAGUUAGAAAUGCAUGCAGAGAGUACUUCAAGACAAACAUUUAUUCAGCAAAUGCUGAUGUCCAGUUCGAAGCUAAAGAGGUAUAUGGCAAGAGUCAACUACUAACACAGAUAACCUGGUCGAGCAGCAGUGCUCAACAGCUUUCAAGUUAUCAAGAUACUCUAAAUGUGACAUUGUCCAGAAAAUAUGACAAAGGUACUCUUGUUCACAUCACGGAUGAAAUGUUUGAGUGGUUCCUUAAAUUAGAGCAGGACAGAGUGAACCUUCUGAGUAGUGAAAGCUUGGCCUCUCACAAAGAAAAUCUGGUAGAAAAGACACUGUCAAGUAUUUUAGGAAACAACCAUCUUCUAGGACAGUGGAAAGCCCUUUUUACAGUGAAUGAGUCCUUAAUGCCUUCAACAAAUGGUCAUGCUUUGGUGUUGCACUUAUUUAAUGAUGUUGUAACUUAUUAUGUGAAAAUGGGGGUUGGUGAAUUUUUGAGGGAAUUUCGAAGAGACUUCAAGCUCCAGAAAACUGAAGCUCAUCGGAAGAAGGUAGUGGAGAAGAAGAAGAAGAAGAAGAAGAAGAAGAAGAAGAAGAAGAAGAAGAAGAAGAAGAAGGAUUUGGUUUCGAGCAAAAUAACAGUUGAAUCCAUUAACAAAGACACCUCUGUUAACAAAGGAAAUUUCUCAUUGCAGGCUAAUGACAAUGCUUGA